CUCGAAUGCGCUUCGCCCGCCGCGGCUGUAACCCGAGCGCUUCCGGAAAGUGCCGAAGUCGCGCCCGGCGCCCGGCAGAUUCCCCGCCGGCCGGCUCAGCGCGCGUGCGCAGAGGACGGAAACUGCCGGUUGGUGGCCGGUACUCCGCAGUAGGGGGAGAGGGGGGUGAGGAGCGGUGUCCCAGCACCUCAGACGGGAGGCCCUGCUGCUAUACUUGCAGGCCGGCGGGGAGUAGCUAGGUGCAGCCAUGUCCGUGGUUGGCUUUGAUCUCGGCUUCCUCAACUGCUACAUCGGCGUCGCUCGCAGCGGCGGUAUCGAGACUAUCGCCAAUGAGUACAGCGACCGCUGCACCCCAGCAUGUAUAUCUUUAGGAUCCAAGACCCGGGCCAUUGGGAAUGCAGCAAAGAGCCAGAUUGUCACAAAUGUAAAAAACACAUUGCAUGGCUUCAAAAAACUGCAUGGAAGAGCAUUUGAAGAUCCUUACAUAGAAGCUGAAAGGGCCAGGCUUCCCUAUGAGCUUCAGAAGAUGCCAAAUGGCUCCGUAGGAGUAAAGGUGCGAUACCUAGAUGAAGAGAGACUGUUUGCAAUUGAACAGAUUACAGGGAUGUUAUUGGCCAAACUUAAAGAGACUUCAGAAAGUGCUUUGAAGAAACCUGUUGCAGACUGUGUGAUUUCAGUACCCAGUUUCUUUACUGAUGCUGAGAGAAGGUCUGUAAUGGCAGCAGCACAGAUUGCAGGAUUAAAUUGUCUGAAGUUGAUGAAUGAAACUACUGCAGUUGCACUAGCAUAUGGAAUAUACAAGCAGGAUCUGCCAGCUUUGGAAGAGAAGCCAAGAAAUGUGGUCUUUGUAGAUAUGGGGCACUCUGCAUAUCAGGUUUCAAUCUGUGCUUUUAACAAGGGAAAACUGAAGGUCUUGGCUACUACCUUUGACCCUUUUGUAGGUGGUAGGAAUUUUGAUGAGGCUUUGGUAGACUACUUCUCUGAGGAAUUUAGGACAAAAUACAAGCUGAAUGUAAAAGAGAAUCCCCGAGCGCUGCUACGAUUGUAUCAAGAAUGUGAAAAACUCAAGAAGCUUAUGAGUGCAAAUGCUUCUGACCUUCCGCUCAAUAUUGAAUGCUUCAUGAAUGACCUUGAUGUCUCCAGUAAGAUGAACAGAGCUCAGUUUGAGCAGUUGUGUGCUGCCCUUCUGUCCAGAGUGGAGCCUCCCCUAAGAGCAGCCAUGGAGCAAGCUAAACUUCAACGUGAAGAUAUCUACAGUAUAGAAAUAGUAGGUGGGGCUACUAGGAUUCCAGCAGUGAAGGAGCAGAUCUCUAGCUUUUUCUGUAAAGAGAUAAGCACCACGCUAAAUGCUGAUGAAGCUGUUGCAAGAGGCUGUGCCUUGCAGUGUGCAAUUCUUUCCCCAGCUUUUAAAGUGCGUGAAUUUUCCAUCACGGAUGUUGUUCCUUACUCUAUAACGUUGAGAUGGAAAUCAUCGUAUGAAGAAGGAACAGGGGAGUGUGAAGUCUUCAGUAAGAACCAUGCUGCUCCGUUCUCGAAAGUCAUUACUUUUCACAAGAAAGAACCUUUUGACCUGGAAGCUUACUACACCCAUCCACAUGAAGUGCCUUAUCCUGAUUCCAGAAUAGGGCGUUUCACUGUUCAAAAUGUGGGUCCCCAACAUGAUGGUGACAAUUCCAAAGUGAAAGUUAAAGUGCGUGUCAAUAUUCAUGGCCUUUUCAGUGUGGCUAAUGCUUCUAUAAUAGAGAGGCAGAACAUAGAGGGAGAUCACAAUGACACUCCUAUGGACACUGAAUCAUCAAGUAAGAACCAAGGCAGAGAUGAGGAGCUGGAUAAAAUGCAGGUUGAUCAAGAGGAAGGUGUUCAGAAAAGCCAAGCUGAACAGCAGAACCAAGCAGAUGAGGAAACUGAAAAUGCAGGAACAGAAGCAAAAGUUGUUCCUGGAGACAUGCACGAACAUCCAGCCCAGCCAAAGGCUAAAACAAAAGUCAAGAGUAUUGACCUCCCUAUACAGGCGAGCCUCUAUAGACAGCUGGGACAAGAUCUUAUCAAUUGCUACAUUGAAAAUGAGGGGAAGAUGAUGAUGCAAGACAAGCUUGAGAAAGAAAGAAAUGAUGCUAAGAAUGCUGUUGAAGAGUAUGUGUAUGACUUCAGAGACAAGCUGUGUGGAGUCUUUGAGAAAUUCAUCACUGAAGAAGAUGCGAACAAGCUGACCUUGAUGUUGGAGGAUACAGAAAACUGGCUUUAUGAAGAUGGAGAAGACCAGCCUAAACAAGUAUACAUGGAUAAGCUUCAGGAAUUAAGAAAAUUUGGACAACCUAUUCAGGAAAGAUACAUGGAACAUGCAGAGAGACCAAAAGUUUUAAAUGACCUGGGAAAGAAGAUUCAGCUCUUUAUGAAAGCAGUGGAAGCAUACAAAAAUAAGGAUGAAAAAUAUGAUCACUUAGAUCCUGCUGAGAUGGAGAAGGUGGAAAAAUACAUCAGUGAGGCAAUGAAUUGGCUAAACAGCAAAAUGAAUGCCCAGAACAAACUAAGUCUAACUCAGGAUCCAGUUGUCAAAGUGGCAGAAAUAGUGACAAAAUCUAAGGAAUUGGAUAACUUCUGUAACCCCAUUAUAUACAAGCCCAGACCGAAGAUAGAGCCUCCCAGUGAUGGGCAGUCAAAAGCUAAUGGUGAACACAAUGGACCAGUGAAUGGACAGAGCGGCGCUGAAACAAAACCUGAACCAACUAAGGACAAUUCUCCGCAGACCAAACCCCCUGGAGAAAUGGAAGUGGACUAAAUCUUGCAUUUCUUUUACCCAAUUAAAAUAGUGCAAGUAACCACAGGGUCCAUUCUUUUUGUCUGGUACACACCUCGGUUGUUCAGUUAUUCUUAGUCAACCUUCUGUCAUUUGUUGCUGAGUAGUUUUGAAAGUGUUUUAUAUUAAGUACAUCUCUGAUGUUCAUUUCCACUGAUGCUGCUUAUGUGGAGCUUUAGCCAAAUGUAGAUUGUAUAAGUCAGUUUAAGCUUUCCCAAUAUAUUUUAUAUCAAACAUACAGAAUUGAUAUAUAGAUGGCAACAAUCUACCUUAUUUAAAGCUUUUAUUGUGGAUAAACCUCAGCUCCUUUAUUCAGGAAAGGAUACUGUAUUGCACUACUGAUGCUCAAGUGUAGAUCUAAUUGCAUCUUUAUUUUGGAAAAAUAUUGCAAUUGAAGUGGCAAGACUUGUCACUUGAAGCACUGACCUUUUCUAGUUAUUGUAUUGUUAUAAUUUAAAUAUUAAAAUAGAGUUAGUUGGCAUUCUAGUCCAUCUCAUUGAUGUACCAUGAGAAUUGUUUAUCUUCUUCAUAUAAACAGAAUACAAGCUUAAACAUUUGAGAUUCCCAUACCACUACCAAUAUUAGUUACAAAAUAAUGCAGCAUAAUGGCUCUGCCACAUGCUGAACUAAGUGAAUGGUCUCAGUGCACGUUGCUGUACAUAAUGUACUGUGCUUACGAUAGGAUGAUGCUAAUGAUAAUAGUACAAAGGGGUAGAAAACACAAGGACUGUUGGAUGGCUUUCCCUUGAAAAUGACUUACUGCACGUUACUAUUACACUUCUGUUGUUUGAAAUGAAAUCUGCAUCUUGAUUAUAUCUUGUGCUGGGAAGGGGAAACAACAAAAAUUGUAUUAUGUGAGCUGGGUAUGGGCACCCUGGUUUUGAAUUUGCUUAAAUGCUGUUGCAAACUUGAAAGAGAUCCGAGAGCUUACUUAAGCCUUAGUACUUGGUGUAUAAACCUUUUGUUCAAGGAGCUAAGCAAAAGAACUUAAAAACUGGAUAUUAUUACCCCAAAGAUGGAAUCUACUUGAUGAACUUGCAUAGCUUACCAGUUAUCUUCGGUCAUUUAGUUGACCUAAUGAAAGUGUCUGUAAUGUAUUACACAGUUGAGUCACUGUUUUCUUCAAUACAUGUUGGACACACAUCUGGGACAUUGUCAUGGUCCAGUGUAUGUUCCUGUAUACUGAAUGCUUCUGUCAAGUCACCAAGGUGCUGUAGCACUUGCAAGUGCAAGUCACUUUCAACAACUCUUCUAUUACCAGAAGAGUAACAGGCUACUUUAGCUACUUAGAAGUGGUUUCUAAGUUGGCAUAUGAGACCAAAACUAGUUGCAAUGUAACAUUUUAGUGACUUGAACUCUGUUGCCCGUAUGUAUUCAAGGUGUCAGUAAGGCAUUACUGCAGCAGUUCUGUGCAAGCCUGUUACUGUGAACAAGUGAAGGUUUGUGCUCUUGUUUCUGGCUUUGGCAGAUGUUUUAUCUCCAGACAUGCCUUUCAUGUUCUGCUACUGGUCAUGCUACAAAGAGUAGUCUUGUCACCCAGGCUGAAGUUGGUAGAGGUGAACUGUACUCUUAAAUACUCUCACAGGAAAAAGAAGCGUCAUGUACAGCUGUAUAUAAAACUGCUGAACAGGCUCAAGUGCUAGACUUGUAGCAUGUCAUGAUUGACGUUGGGUGACAGAGAUGUGCAUACUUUGCUCUAAUAUUCCUUUGUGCAUUCAGUUGUGGAAGGUCUGGCACCCUGAGUUUUUCUGUUUAAAGCCCUUGAAUAAAAACUGACCUUGAAGA